AUGGUUCAUGCAGACGCGUCUGCCUUUGCUGAUGGCUUGACCAAGCAGGAGGUGUAUGCGCAAGUCCUGGAGCAGGCUAGGGCGCUGUUUGAUGGACAGCGGAAUUGGGUCUGCAACUUCGCAAACACAGCAUCCCUCCUUUGGCACGCCUACCACUCUCUGCCAGCCCCUUCCUCUAGCGUCAACUGGAGCGGGUUCUACUUCCUCGACCCUUCUAACCCGCAGCAACUUCUCCUCGGCCCGUUCCACGGGCAAGUAGCAUGCCAAACUAUCGCAUUCGGGCGCGGCGUAUGCGGCGCCGCUGCGCAAACUAAGCAGACCCAGCUCGUGCCAGACGUGGAGAAGUUCCCCGGACACAUUGCGUGUGACGGCGCGAGCAAGAGCGAGAUCGUUGUGCCGAUCAUCAAAGAUGGGAAGGUCGUCGCUAUCAUCGACAUUGAUUGUGCUGAGGAGAAAGGCUUCAGCGAGGAGGAUCAGAGUGCUCUUGAGGAGCUAGCUGCCCUGCUCGCUGAAUCCUGCGACUUCUGA